UACUUAGCACCAACACAUUUCAGAAAAAAGCGCAUCUUCAUCAGACAAACGCGCCAUGAUCUCUCCUAAGAGGUUAGUUCAGCAGGCAAAGAAGUGGCAGCAGAUGGCGACCCUCGGGAAGCGGCGGCUGCCGACAACGGGGGCAAUCAAAGACACCAGCCUACGCGGUGGCGCAUCAGCCAUCGCGGACAAGGGACACUGCAUCGUCUACACCGCUGGUGGAGAGCGGUUUGAGGUUCCAUUGGCAUACCUCGGUACGACGGUGUUUGGGGAGCUCCUGAGGAUGUCGGAGGACGAGUUUGGGUUCACGAGCGAAGACAGCAGGAUCAUGGUACCUUGCGACGCGGCUGUGAUGGCAUACGUUAUGUGCUUGCUUAAGAGGAAGCCCUCGGAAGAGGUGGAGAGGGCAGUUCUUAGCUCUGUAGUAAUUCCAUGCAGCAACCUGAGUAGCAUCGCCAUGGUUUACAAGAUCUUGGCCAGUCACUAGCUAUAUUUUAGUUAGUGAGAGGCGGCGAUGUAUCCUUCAUGUACAUGCACUCCCUUUUGGUAGAUCUCGAUGUGAUUUUCUGUACAUAGAUGUAUGCACAUACCUAGUAAACAGGUGAAGAAGAACAAUUUUGCAGUUGAAUAUA